UUACGGGCAAUUGACGCUAACGAACGGAAUUUAAACGAUUUAGUGAUAUCAUUUAGUAAUAUAAUAAAUAUUUAGUGCAAAAUUUAGUGAACAAUCGCCAAAGCAAAAUGUAUAGUGUUAGAGACUCAUUAGUUUUAGUAUUGCUUGCUUGUCUGGUCGCGCCAAGCUUACAGGCCACUCCUACCUACAAAGCUGGCGUCGUAGAAUACUAUCCGUCCCAGAAUGAGAAAUUCGAAGAGAAAAUUAAUGAAAAUUUGAAGUUUUAUGAAAAAACAAUUGAGGAAGCAGAAGGCAAGAAGGUAGACAUCCUAGUGUUUCCCGAAGCAACCUUAAAUGGUGGUAUCAAAACUAGAGAAGAAGCCAAGGAACAUGGUGCUGAGAUCAAAUUUCCAAAUAAAGACAGUUUAUGCCCAACAAAAUUAAAACAGUCGCCGUCUUUUUUGGAAAAAUUAUCCUGUAAAGCUAUGGAAAAGAAAAUCUACGUAGUUGUCAAUCUAUCGGAAAAACAACAUUGUUCAGUACAAUCACAGCAGGAAGCAAAUGACGACAGGGAGUGCCAUAAAGAUGGAUGGAACUUCUUCAACACAGAUAUUGUUUUCGACAGAAAUGGAGCAGUUGUGGCCAGAUAUCGAAAAUUCAACCUUUUUAGUGAAAAACAAUUCAAUACCACUAAAUUUCCCGAACAUUCGACAUUUGUCACAGAUUUCAAUGUAACGUUCGGGCUGUUCACCUGUUUCGACAUAAUGUUCAACGAACCAGCCUUGGCCAUGGUGAGAGAAGGCGUUAGAGACUUUGCAUUCCCAACUAUGUGGUUUAGCGAAUUGCCAUUCUUAACAGCUCGUCAAGUACAAGAAUACUGGGCCUACGCCAACGAUGCCAAUCUCUUAGCAGCAGGAGCCAGUAACACCGUGAGAGGCAGUGGCGGAUCAGGAAUUUACGCAGGAAAAAUGGGACCCUUAAUCGCAUACAUGAGCACUCCAAAGGAUGCAGGCAAGGAAAGUGAAAACAAUCAGCUGCUGAUUGCAGAUGUCCCUAUUUUGAAGUAUUACGUUCCCGUACAAAAUAAUACCAAACCAGAAGGUGGCGAAAAGUCUGGACAAAUUAGAAGAAGCGCAUUGCUAAAUGCUGAUUUAAGGGAAGGUGGAAGCAAACCUCUGACUCCAGUAGAAAUGGAUAAAUUCACAAUGAUCAGAGAUAAUAUCAACGAAUAUGCAUCGGAAGUGAUCUCUUCUCAACUUGCCACAGAAAUUUGCAAUAAUGAUCUAUGCUGCAGGUUCAAUGUGACUUCGGAGAUUGCAAAUAAAACUGAGACCGGGAAACACUAUUACCAAUACCGAGCAAUUGUUGGUGAUCUUGUCCGUUCAUUUUCUGGAAUGGCAAAUGGUGGAAUUAAGGCAUGUGGAAUUGUCGCCUGCUCCGGAGAUGACAUCAAAACAUGUGGUAUCAGGUUCAACAAUUCCGCAACAGUUGGCGUCCGCCAAAAAUUCAAAUCCAUCUACAUCGAAGGCAAAUUUCCAAAUAUUAUUGAAGUCUUCACCAUGCCUGACACGCUUGGUCAUAAUAUGUUGCCUUUGGGAAAUAACCAAUUCCAAUACCACGAAGAGAAAAAAGAUGAUGAAGACGAGAAAGUAGUUACCAUGCAAUUGAGGGGACUACCAGUUGAAGACUUGCAGACAUUCGCGAUAUUCGGAAGAGACUUCAGAUAUGACGGAAGUGGAAGCUCUAUUCUACCAAAUGCAUUUGCUUUGUCUGCACUGGUCUUAGGUUAUUUGUGGAAGUACUUUAGUGGAAAUUAGUUUGUAGUAGAAUUAUAUACUUAGGAUUGUCCUUAAUAUGAAUAUUUUUGAAUUUUUUUGCUCCCAGGAGCUCUAAUUCUUCCAAUUGAUUAAAAAUUAUCUGAAAGUUUUAGCUCCUAAUAUUAUCUUUAAGAUAGUACGCAGUCCAACCA